UCUGUCGAGGAGGAUGUUACGGUACGUGUAUGGCAGCUCCCAACGAGUUAUUUCGGAGCUACGGUCCUCGUGUCGUUACUGCAAUCGCUUUGUUUGGAUUCGGUCUGGGGAGUCUGAUCGGCGCCCCGAUCUUAGGCGGGUUGUACGACCUAACUGGCGACUACACAUUCAGUCUCUUCGUCCUUGUGGGCAGUUUCUCGCUCUCCGUCCUUUGCGCGGUAUUGAUUCCCGCCAAAAGAAAGUUACAGCGGCGUUGGUGUGUCUCGCGAGAUGCGAUGGAGAAUAAAAGGCACCAGAGCAAGUCCAGUGACACUGUUUACUUUGAGAAACCGAACACCGCAGAGUUGGGAACGCCUAACCCGGCGUAUGAAAGCGAGUGUUGAACAGAGUUGUGGUUGAGUCAUUUACAACCUUAAUUCACAAAGAAAACCAUAAAACUAAAAACCACAAAUCUAUCACAAGUCUAGUCACAGGGCAAUCACAAGUCAAUCACAAAUGAAAUCACAAGUUAAACAAGUUAAGUCCAUCAUCAGGUAAAUCACACACGCCAACCACAAGUGAAAUCACAAGUGAAAUCACAAGUUAAAAAACAAGAUCAUCAUUAAAGUCAAAUCACAAGCCAACCACAGUUCAAUCACAAUUUAAAUCACAGUCCACUAUAAGCCACACCACACGUUCAUCAUAAAUCAAAUCACAAGUCCAUCACAAGUCAAAUCGCAAGUCCAUCAUAAGUCAUAUCACAAGUCCGUUCUAAGCCGAAGCAUACGCUCAUCAUAAGUCAGGUCACAAGUCAGUCAUAUGUAAAAUCUCAAGUUGUUCACAAUUCACAUCACAAGUCGGUGGCGGGUUAGCUCACUUUUGAAAGGGGACAAUGCCAUUCUCAAAGUUCAUAUGAAUUACCUGUGAUUUGACCUGACACUAAAAUGACUGUGAAUUGACAUUGGAAAACUUGUGUGGACUUGACUAAAAAUCUGAUGUUGCGUCAAGACAAAAAUCCACUGCUGGCCAGUUUGAUGGUAUUUUAAUAUGUAUAUCUUAACUAUUUUUUUUCUCCAAUUGUUUACUUAUUGAUCAAAGAAUGGGAUGCUCUGGUUCCAUGCAGAUUUGACAUAUAAUGAUCGUAGACAGAAUGUGAUAAAACAGAGUCUUUAAUAAUCCGUCCAAAUAAUCCGUAACUGCAUUGUGGAAAGGAAUAGUAUGACUGAUUAGGGCCUUAUGGUAAUUUAUCUGGGUUUUGAAACCUUCUUAGAAUUGUUUUCAAAGUGUGGACAUUUCGCCGCAUAUCACUGUCUUUCAUUGUCUGAGUAAGAAACGUUACUGAUCAAGUACACGUAUGAAAGUGACUUACUUUUUGCCGUCAAAGUUAUAUCUUGCAAUUAACUUCGAUUUACUAGAUGGUAAAGCUAUAUAAUCACCAC